AUGUAUGGAACAUCCGACAGCUGCUCCAUCGAUUUGGAACCAACCGUCACCAUCACACCAAGUCCAAUGAACAAAAUAUCUAAUGACAUCCUUGAAAUCAUGCAUGAGCAUGCGCUCAACAAAUUCAAUGACUCUAGGGAGCGAUUGGCUGCUGGGAGAGAACAUCUUUUAUCGAGGAUUGACGCUUUUGUUCAAGCAGGUCAACGUGUCGAAGCAUGUUUACCAGCGUUCCCUUUCAAGUCAGCCAACAAAGUCUACAAAGUGCUUGGCUCUCUUCCAGACAAAGCUGAAGAGUUGGCCCUCGAGAGACUGCACAGCAUGUGCAUAAGAAUCAAGCAAACCUAUAAGCCUGGAGCAAGAGUAACAAUCAUCUCAGACGGUAUUACAUACAAUGACCUACUUUCGAUAUCAGAUCGCGAUACCUGGGCUUACGGAGAGGCUCUGCGAGAGAUGGCUGUAGAGAAGAAGUUCACUUCUAUUGCUUUCUCACGAUUACGAGACCUACUCGACUUUCCGCUGCCUGACAAGAUGCGAGAAAUCACAUACGUCGCCAACUGCACAAACUUCAGAAGAGUACUCUUGAAUGAGUUCGGAAGACCAGAUAUCGACAUUGACAAGGAAAUUACAGUCAAUCCAGAUACAAAACUGACAUAUCUCGGAUACCGCAAAUUUCUAGAGUCAGAUCUGAAAUACAUAUUCAACACUGGAGAGAAUCGUGGCCGCAAUCAAUACAAGAGAGACGUCAAGUAUCUCGCAAAGGAGAUGCUUAUGAGAGGCUAUGCGUUUGCUGGAGCAGUAAAGAAAGCAUUCCCAAACCACGUCAGACUGUCGAUACACGAAUCGAUCGGAGAGCACAAACUGUCCAUAAGCCUCCUGAAUACAAGAACAGGUUACACUACGCCAUGGCAUUGCACCGUAGCUCAGCUAGCCAAUGGAGAGUGGGUCAGCGCACCCAUGGGAGAGUUUCAGCAGGACUCACGUCUCGAACUGGUCUACGAGAAUGGCCGGCCCAGUUAUUUCAAAGAACAGCCACAAACGACAGAAUAUGCCGAGAUCAACGAGACAACGGCAAGCUACCUUCAGGCUCCGAAGCUUUUUGACGGCACCAAGAGUGGGUAUUCUUCGCCGAGUGCGAUGUCGUUGCAUAGUGGCUUCUCUACUCCGCCUACAUCUCAUGGUCAUUCACCGAUCGUUUCCUGGAGUGAACCUAGCGAUAACGUCAAAACUACUCAGGUUCUAUCACUCAGCGAUGCUGGUGAGAUACCGUACGGGCGAAGACUUAUUCCUCAAAUUAUGGACCAACUAGCAGCGGUGGACCCUGAACGCGUUGUAUUCUCCAUUGCAAGUGCUUCAAACGAAUCCCUAGAGUUCAAAGACAUAUCUGCCAAAGCUUUUGUAGAAGCUGUCGACAAGACAGCUUGGUGGCUCCAAGAGCAGGUUGGGCAGUCAGCAUCGGUCCAGCCCAUUGGCUAUAUCGGCCCCCAUGAUCUACGUCACAUUCUGAUUACUUAUGCCUGCGUCAAAGUCGGCUAUGCCGCCCUUUACCUUUCUCCUAAGAAUAGUACUGAAGGAGCAUUGGCAGUGCUAGAAGCAACUCAGUGCCAAAUCUGGGCCAAAGCAAGCGAAGUAGCAAUGGUACCUCUUGUCGAGGAUGUUCUACAGAAACGUCAGAUGAAGUUACUCGAGAUUCCGCUACUUGAUCAACUCUUGGACGCAAAGAGUCCCAAGCCAUUUCCCUACACGAAGAAUUUCGAUGAGGCUUCCACUGAGCCUUUCUGUUAUCUCCACACAUCGGGUUCCACAGGCGUUCCAAAGCCCAUUCCGUGGACUCACGGACUCAUCGGGACAAUGGAUGCAGUUCGUUUGCUUCCCCCAGUUGAUGGUAUGGUUCCUUGGACUACUGACUGGAAGGAAGGCGACUCGAUAUACUCAUCUUUUCCCAUGUGUCAUGGCGCAGGAAUCAUCAUGGACAUUCUGAUGCCCGCCCUUUUUGGCCUUCACUGCGUGCUUGGGCCAUCUGGUGUCAUCCCAAAUAUCUCACUCAUUGAGAAGCUUGUUGAAUCCUCGAGAAUCAACAUAUGGAGCAUGGUGCCUUCGCUUGUCGACGAGCUCGGAGAGACACCAGAUGUGUUGGCCAAGUUCCAGUCAGCACCUUCCAAGUUUAUCUGCGCAUCUGGCGGUCCGGUCACUCUCUCAAGUGCUGGAAAGGUCAACGACGUCAUCAGAGUGCUUAACCUGACCGGAACGACAGAGGGGCUUUUCAUCGGCAACCUUGUGGUAGACAGAGAGGACUGGUCUUGGUUUGCUUUUCAUCCUUACUCUGGAUUCGAGUUCAAGGAAGUAGAGCCAGGAGUCUUUGAGCACUGGGUGUAUCGCAAUGAGCAUGCAUCCUUGUUUCAGGGCAUCUUUCACACCUUCCCUGACAAGUCCUUUGUAAAUUUCAAGGACUUGUACCGGCAACAUUCUGAGAAGCCAAACCUAUGGGCUUUCAAUGGUCGCAACGACGAUCUAAUCAUUUUGUCCAACGGAUACAAAAUUUUGCCCCUUGAAAUCGAGGCUCUCAUUGGUACGCAUCCUGCGAUCAAUGGAUGUCUGGUUGUGGGUAGUAACAAGGCUCAGGCCGGGCUUCUCAUAGAGCUGAAAGACCCUCUAUCGAAGAAUGAAGAAAUGACUGAGAGUAUCUGGUCUCAUAUUGAGACAUCUAUGUCAUUGUCGCGGCUUACUGUGAAAUUAUCGCGAGACUAUGUUUGCUUUGCUCAGCAGGACAAGCCGUUUGUUCGUACUGACAAAGGCACGGUCAAGCGCAAAGCUACCUUGGUUCUCUACGAAGAAUACAUCGAGAGAUUCUAUAGCUCUCGGGAACAGGAGACCAGCUUCGUGGUUGAUACAAGUUCUACAGCGGCCAUGCAGAACUCUAUUCGAGAAAUUCUUUCAUCAUCUCAACCCGCCAUUCGCGACGCUUCUGUUGACGAUGACUUGUUUGCACUUGGCCUCGACUCGCUUGGAGUGUCAGCAGCCGUCAAUGCGGUCCGAGCAGCGACCAAGGGUUUGAGCAAACUCGCUCCCCGCCAUCUUUACGCAAAUCCUACUCUAGCAAGGUUCAACGCUGCGCUUGAGUCGAUGAUAGCUGAAGAAGAAGGCACCACUGUUACGAAGCGACAGGUGCAGAGUCAACAAGCAAAGAUGCAACAGUUGCUCGCACGGCGCAAAGCACAUCAGUCUUUUAGACUAAAUCCUUUCGACUAUGUCAAUCCCAACCACUACAUGGGACUCAUUUUCUACUUCCCUCUUCGCGCAGAUGCAACCUUCGAGGAGACUUUUGCCAAUCUACAAGCGGGACUCGACAAAACUCUGGAGCUUAUCCCUGCUCUUGGAGGGAAAAUGAUUGAAUGCUCAGAGCAAGAAGUUGGCUUUACGAAAGGUGAUUUAUGCGUUUCAAUUCCACCUUUCGGCUCUCCAGCACGCCAACGUCUAGUAUUCAAGGACUUGAGCGAUGAACUUCCAUCUUUUGAGACGCUGCGAGAUGGCGGAUUCGUACCGUCCGCCUUCAGGGAUGAGCAGGUGUUGAGACAAGAUACCUUCCCACAGCUACCCGCAGACAUACUUGUUGCGCAAGCCAACUUUGUCAAGGGCGGAUGUAUUCUAGCUGUCGAUCUGAAUCAUUGCUGCUUAGACGGGGUUGGAGCCGUCCUUGCUGUUAAAGCCUGGGCUGAGAACUGUAAGAAUCUUCAAGGGGAUGCCUCGGCCCCCUGCGAGUGGUUCGAUGCAGAGAGCUUUAAUCACAAUCUGCCUGAAGUUCUUCAUGAACUGGAGGGAUAUGCGCGACCGGUGGAGGAGAUCGACCCCAGUGUAUGGAAUUUUUUGCCAUUUGUUCCAUCAGAUGAAGCACUGGCGAAGCAUUCGUCACAACAAACCGAGCCUGGAACGUCGCUUCUCAAAUAUCCCUUGCACUCAGUAUGGCCACUACCCGCUGCAGAGCGGAAGAUGGACACGACUUUAUUUCUCAUUCCUCCCGAGAAAGUUCAGUUGUUGAAAGAAGAUGUCGCGAGAGAGUUGGGACUCAACGGUUCUGUGCCCUCCAUCAGCGACAUUGUUCAAGCAUUCUUCUGGCGCUCAGCACUGAGGGCCCGCUACUCUGUAGCCAAGGACAGUGGCCGAGAAUUCGAUGUUGAUGAGUGUUCGAUCUUGGAGUUGCCCACUGACGGUCGACCAUACUUUUCGUCUCUGCUUCCGUCUACAUACAUGGGCAGCCUGCUUACGCUCAAUCGCACCAGCAUGCCUGUAGAGAAGCUUUGCGACCAGCAAACGAGUAUUCUGCACAUUGCGCAAGUGUUGCGUAGUUCCGCAGCACGUAUGACGCCUUCGUUAGUACACGAUGCUUUCACUCUGCUGCAAUCACUGCCAGAUCACUCGAGGUUUUCUACGGCAAACAUGGGUCUCGACCACAUGCACGCCAUGAUUUCCAAUAUGAUGCUGUUCCAGAUGAGCGAGAUUAGUUUUGGUGGUCGCUACUUCGCCAAUGGCGGCUCUCCAGAGACGAUGAGGCCUCAACUGGAACGAGGCAGCGGCCGAUUUAGGUUUUUGGUGGUAUAUCCGCUAAAAGCGGAUGGUGGAGUAGAGUUGGCGUUGGGUACCUUCCCUGAGGAACGGGAGAUGCUUGCACGUGACGAGGAGUUCACAAAGUACGGUCGCCACGAAACUCGGGCGUCCUCGCAUUCCUCUUCUUCUCACUCUCGUGCUUCUGUCGAGGAGCCUCUCUUAUCGCCAACCUCCAACAUGUCUGCGGGUGCAGACGAGGCCAAGAAUGGAAGGCCGCAUGUUGUCAGUUCGGAUCGAUCGACGAAUUCUCCUUUCAACGACGAUAGCAAUGAGGAGCAUCCAGAUCCUGAUGCUCAGGCUGGUGUCCAGGCUAUCGAGGCUACUACUAUGGCGUGGACGAAGACGAGUCUUAUCGUAGCAUACAUCAUGCUCUGGUUGAUUUACUUCGUCGAGACACUGCUGGGAGGCACUGCUCUUGCCUUGUUGCCCUAUGUCACUUCAGCUUUCUUCGCGCACUCGCUCACGCCCACUGUCAGUAUUCUGAGCAGUGUGAUUGGUGGCGUUACAAACCUUACUAUCGCCAAAGUCAUCGACGUCUUUGGUCGUCCCCCCGGUCUCCUAUUCUGCCUGGGUCUCGGAACCAUGGGGUUAAUCAUGAUGGCUUACAUUAUGUCUGUCUUCAUUGCCGACACGACGAAGCUGAAGAAUCGGGGACUGAUGCAGGCACUCAUGAACACGACGGCUUUGAUCACGGGAUGGAUAGCUGGACCUGUUGCUGAAGGAUUUCUUGGGGGACCUGGAUGGCGAUGGGCUUUUGGCAUGUUCUGCAUCCUUGUACCAGCUGUUGUUCUGCCGCUGUAUGGCCUUCUUCUCAGCAACUACCGCAAGGCACAACGUCUUGGCCUUAUCCCUGAGCGUAACAGUGGGCGCAGUACGAUGCAGUCCAUCAUGCACUACAGCCGCGAAUUUGAUGCUGUCGGCCUUGUUCUGCUCUCUGCUGGUGUCGGCUUGUUCCUCCUUCCUUUCAACCUUUACACCACACAAGGUCGAGGCUGGUCAUCGCCGCUAGUUGUGAGCAUGCUAGUCGUCGGAAUCGUCCUCAUGAUCCUUUUCGUCAUCUGGGAGAAAUUUUUCGCCCCCGUCUGCUUCCUUCCCUACCGCCUCCUCCGCGACCGAACCGUCCUCGGCGCCUGUCUUCUCUGCACCUCCCUCUUCGCCAGCUACUUUGUCUGGAACAGUUAUUUCGGCUCCUACCUCCAAGUCGUUCAGGGUCUCAGCAUCAAAAACGCAAGCUACGUCACCCAAUCCUUCACCGUCCUAAACGUCCUCGUCGCCCUUUCCGCCGGCUACGUAAUCCACCGAACCGGUCACUUCAAGCUCAUUUCCAUCGUCGUCGGUCUUCCCCUCAGCAUCCUCGGCCAAGGCCUAAUGAUCCAUUUCCUCGCCCCCGGCAACAUCGGCUACAUCGUCAUGUGCUUCCUCUUCAUCUCCAUCUCGCAGGGCCUUCUCAUCAUCACCGACGAAAUCGCCAUUCUAUCCGCGGGUUCCCACGACAACGUCGCCUCCAUGCUUGCCAUCGUCAGCAUCUUUGGCAACAUUGGCGGCGCAAUAGGGUAUACCAUCGCCGCAUCUGUCUGGACGGAUAUCCUGCCUUCGCGACUGAUGCAGUAUUUACCUGCGGACGACUUGCCGAAUCUCGUCAUGAUAUACAGUGAUAUCACGACGCAGCUGUCUUUUCCCAUGGGAUCGCCCACGCGUCUGGCGAUUCAGCGCGCAUAUGAAGAUGCGUUCACGAGACUACUGUCGAUUGCGACGGGGCUGUGGGUUCUUGCUGCUGUGGGUAUCUUCCUUUGGAAGAAUAUUAAUGUGAAGGAGAUUAAGCAGUCCAAGGGUCAUGUAUGGUAGAUGGAUUUUGGAUGCGUAUUUUGAUAUGAUAUUCUUUUUUCAGAAUUUACAUAGUUGUCAUAGCUUUCUAGACAUAUGUUCCUUUCACUACUGAUCGCUACACCGAACUAUGGACCUCAUUCUUGUACCCGUGCAAACUUCGGCCGUGUGU